GAACAUCGGAUAUCGUGUAUACGCGUUAUCUCUGGCGCCCCCUCUCUCUCACACACACGCUCUCUUUUUGCCACUCUCUCGCAGACCAAGAUCUAGGCGUCUAAAACUGUCUUACGCGCGCCCAGUAUUUUAACAAUAACUACAACAACAACAACAACAACAGCAUCAACAAACAACAACAAUCAAAACAACGGCAAAUAAACAAAUACAAAUACCACGAGUUCCGAAUUCAUACGAAUUAAUUUUCAAUUGUUGGUUUAUCUUAGCCGUCGCCUAAUUGCUGAAAAUGUGGCUCACCGAUUGCCGCUCGAUGACACGCUACAAACAGACCGAAUUCACGGAAGAUGAUUCAAGUUCAAUUGGUGGCAUACAGCUGAACGAGGCGACGGGACACACGGGCAUGCAGAUACGCUAUCACACGGCUCGGGCUACAUGGAACUGGCGUUCACGGAAUAAAACUGAAAAAUGGCUGCUCAUUACCACAUUUGUCAUGGCUAUCGUCAUCUUAACGCUACUCAUCAUGGUAUUAUCGAACAGCGCCGAUAACACCAAUCAUGUGGUACACGUCCAACCGCAUAAGAAGGAUUGUGUGGAGGCCAAUAAGUUGCCCUGCUUAAACGAGCACUGCAUUUUUGCAUCAAGUGAGAUUCUGAAGUCCAUCGAUGCCAGUAUCGAUCCUUGCGAUGAUUUCUACGGUUAUUCAUGCAAUCAAUGGAUCAAAAACAAUCCCAUACCGGAGGGAAAAUCCACUUGGGGUACAUUUGGAAAACUGGAGCAGAUGAAUCAGCUAAUUAUACGCAACGUUCUGGAGAAGCCAGCCAAAACCUUUAAGUCGGAUGCGGAACGCAAGGCGAAAGUCUACUAUGAGUCGUGCCUGGAUGUGGAUGAGCACAUGGAGAAACUGGGCGCCCAGCCUAUGAACGAUUUGCUUAAGCAGAUUGGAGGCUGGAAUGUAACGCAGAGCGGUUUUAAUGUGACCAAAUGGAAACUGGGCAACACGCUUAAAAUACUACACAACAAGUACAAUUUCAACUGUUUGUUCGGCUGGGCCAUUGGUGAGGACGACAAGAACUCCACGCGCCAUGUCAUACAGAUUGACCAGGGCGGCCUGACGCUACCCACCGCUGACUACUAUAACAACAAGACGGACAUUCACCGCAAGGUGCUCAGCGAGUAUAUCGAGUACAUGACCAAGGUAUGCGUGCUGCUCGGCGCCAAUGAGACCACUGCUCGCAUUCAAAUGGAGGCGGUCAUCAACUUUGAGAAGAAGAUAGCCAACAUAACCAUACCGAUGGAGGAUCGACGCAAUGAGGAGGCCUUGUACCAUCCGAUGAAGCUCAAAGAUCUGAUCAAGCUGGCACCGUUCCUCAAUUGGACAGAUCACUUUGACAAUGCCAUGCAAAUGGUCAACAGGCGUGUUACUGAUGAAGAGAUCGUUGUCGUCUAUGCGCCCGAGUUCCUCAAGAAUCUGUCCAACAUCAUUAUGAGCAUGCAGCAAACAGAUGCUGGCAAAAUAACGCUGAACAACUAUCUAAUUUGGCAGGCAGUGCGCACGCUGACCAGCUGCUUAUCCAAACCCUUCCGCGAUGCCUACAAGGGCGUGCGUAAGGCGCUAAUGGGCUCCGAUGGCGGAGAGGAGGUGUGGCGUUACUGUGUUUCCGAUACAAACAAUGUGAUUGGGUUUGCAGUGGGCGCCAUAUUUGUACGCCAGGCAUUCCAUGGCGUCUCCAAGCCAGCGGCGGAGCAAAUGAUCGGCGAGAUACGCGAAGCCUUUAAACUGAAUUUACAGAAUCUCAGCUGGGUAGACAAGCAGACCCGUGAGCGCGCCAUAGAGAAGGCCAACGAGAUCUCAGAUAUGAUUGGCUUCCCGGACUAUAUACUCGAUCCCGUGGAGCUGGACAAGAAAUAUGUCGAGCUAAAUAUUACAGCAAACGCGUACUUUGAGAACAAUAUUCAGGUGGCCAUCUACAAUCUGAAGAGCAAUCUGAAGCGUCUCGAUCAGCCGGUAAACAAGACCAAUUGGGGCAUGACGCCUCAAACGGUGAAUGCCUACUACACGCCCACCAAAAACCAGAUAGUCUUCCCCGCUGGCAUUCUACAGACUCCAUUCUUCGACAUUAACAAUCCCAAGAGCCUGAACUUUGGCGCCAUGGGUGUGGUCAUGGGCCACGAGCUGACGCAUGCUUUCGAUGAUCAGGGGCGUGAAUACGACAAGUUUGGCAAUAUUAAUCACUGGUGGGAUGCCAAGAGCAUCGACCGCUUCAACAAGAAGGCCGAGUGUAUAUCCAACCAAUACGGUAGCUACAAGCUCAACGGACGCAACCUGAAUGGCAAGCAGACUCUGGGUGAGAAUAUAGCAGACAAUGGCGGCUUAAAGGCGGCCUAUCAUGCCUAUCUGCGCACCAAGCUUGACAAAGAUGCGGAUAUCCUUAAGCUGCCAGGCCUAAAUUUGACGCAUCCGCAGCUCUUCUUCGUUUCUUUUGCACAGGUCUGGUGCUCCAGCACCACAGACGAGACUAAUUUGCUGCAAAUGGAGAAGGAUCCGCAUUCGCCAUCGCAGUUCCGUGUCAUCGGCACGCUGUCCAAUAUGAAAGAGUUUGCCGAUGUAUUCCAGUGCAAGCCCGACACACGCAUGAAUCCGACCAAUAAAUGCGAAGUCUGGUAAAAACAAUAAUAACCAAUACAGAUCUCAUAACCUCUGCGAAAUACCAAAUAUAACAAAUUCUUAAGCCAAAUAAUUUAUCAAAUCGACGCACAAAAACAAAACCAAAUGAAAAAAAGAAAAACAACUAUUACUCGCGAAAAAAGUGCUAUAGACAAUUCGUAUUCGUUUGAUUGUCUAAUUAGCUUAUAGAGAAGUUCGUUUCAAAUGUGUGCUAUAUGUUUUUGUUGUUGCUA